UGGAACUGGUUCUGUGCAGAAGCAUCAGCCGACCUCGUGCUACCUGCGCUCACUUUCCUAACAGCCAGGGCUCCCGUACUUCCCUCCUGCCUUUGCCUUUUGCUCAGCCUGGUGCGGAAGGGAAGCACUGGCAAAGCAGGGGAAGCACACGUGUCUCUCUCUCCUCUUGCUGAGCUCAGACGCUCCCCAGAGGCGAUGGGCCGCUCUCUGACCGGAUCGGCUUUCCUGUCGUGCAGGAACUUGCCCGUUUUGGUGGUGGAGGAGACCCAAAAGACACGCUUUCUGCUGGAGGAGGUGGCUCAGCUGAGGGCACAGAUCCGCAGUUUGAAGGAAGCUCAGGAAGUGAACCAGGCAGCGUCCAAGAAGGCUUUGGGUGCCUACGUCGAGAUGUCUGACUGGGCCCUGGAAAGCUCUGGUGCCACCAUUGACACGCAGAGAACUUCCGAGACCUACGACUGCCAAGAGAAUUGGAGCUGCUGGGCUUUACGGUUCUUCCGCGCUGCCAAGCCUCCUGAGACUAUUUUGCAGGCGGAUGUUUCCCCAGGAAACUGCUGGCCUUUCCAAGGGCAUCAGGGCCAGGUGGUCAUCAGGUUGCCAGCACGAGUCCAUCUGACUGCCAUCACUGUGCAGCACAUCUCCAAAGACGUGUCUCCAUCUGGGACCGUCCUCAGCGCCCCCAGAGACGUCGCUGUCUUUGGAGUGGAUGCGGACGGAGAAGAGGAAACUCUCCUUGGGACGUUCACGUACGACGUGGCAAAAGAGGCCAUUCAGACCUUCCCUCUGAAGAACGCGCCGCUUCCCAGAGCCUUUCCGUCUGUCAGACUUCUUGUGGAGAGCAACUGGGGAAACCCAGCGUACACCUGCAUUUAUCGAGUGCAGGUUCAUGGGAAGAUGGCGCAACCAGAGAGCCCCAGGUGAAACCAGAGAGGAAAAUGUCAAACGUGAGAAAGAAGAAGAAGGGGAGGAAGAACAAAUAAAUCUAAAAGAUGUGGCAAUUGAGAUGGCUGUAGAACUGUAGAAGAUUUGUCUCCAAAGCGGGGUGCUCAAGACGUUCCACACUGCGGGAGGGGAAUUCGGGAGCGUGUGGAAAAUGUUAGAGCUUGUAUGCAAUUUUUUUCUUAAAAACGAGGAAGAUGGGAAGCAUUGCCAAGACUGAACCUAGAGAGGGGAGGCCCAGCCUGUCAGCGCUCCUCCCGCCGCCCCCGGAGGCUCCGCAAGCGGCCCCAGCCCAGGGCAGGCCGAAGGGCCCGGCUUCAGUUCACAAGAGGGAGGCUGGCCCCGCCCGCCGGCCCGCGCGGGCUCUGCAGGAGCUCCCCCAGGCUCCCGCCCACCCUCUUCCCAGCUUCUCAGCCAAUGGCGCCCGCCAGGCGGGGACAGGCAGGGCCCCCCGCCAACCACCGCAGCGCCCCUUCUCUGGCCCCGCCCCGCUGCGGCCGCGUGCCAGCGGACGAGCACGUGGCUACGGGCGCGCCCGGAGCGCCAGCCAGGGCCGCGGGUUCGAGUCCCGCCACUGGCUUCGAGGCCCGGCGAGGUCAAGGAAUGAGGCGCUUGCUGGCGUGAAUGCCUCACGUACCAGCCACAGGGCUGCCUGCGCAGGAGGGGAAAGGUGGUUUAAUGGGAAAUUGUAGUGGUAAUUGGGUUUGAAGUACGGGUGCUUGUCAUAGCUCUUUUGGUCAGUUACUAAGAGAAAAAGAAUUUUGCCAAGGAUGUUUUCUUGUUGGGGGGUCCGAGUCCCCUGCCCGGUUUGGAAAGGGCUUCGAGUCCCCGAAGUUGACCAAGCGGGUUAGAGUCCCACUGAAUGGGGUUUGAGUCCCCACUUUGGCCACUUGUCUUGACUGGUCUCUGAAUUUUGGCGUGGUUAUCAGAAUAUGGAUUUAUUUUUGCAUGUUCGGAUCAGAUAGUUGUUUUGGAAGUCACAUUUAAUAUGGGUGGGGAAUCGCCUAAAGGCACCAUCUUAAAGAAGUCACCUCUAGGGCGUUGA